GCAAAUUAUGUCAAAUUUAUCCAGCGGCGGUAGUUUUUUUGUUCUUCGUCUAGAACGGUUUGAAGUAUCUAGGAAGAGAAACGGCAAGUCCACCACGGAGCAUCGUCCCUUGCUUCAUCGUUAACGCCCUUCCCGCAUUCCACGUUGCCGCCUGCCAUAACAAUGGCAACCGCUCCUUCUUCGGGUACCACAUGUUAUGACACGCUACGAUUUUCGCCUCCAAGCCCUCUCUCCUACAGCAUACAACUUUUUUUUUGUCACACAUUCGCCACACUCCUUUACCCAGCACUUUUAGUCGCUCACUUACGUUAUCGCUCUUUCGACUGUCGCUGCUACGACGUCUUCCCUACCGAAUUAUCGCAGCUGAGCUUAGCCGGCCACGAUACUUCAGUGGACAGCGAAUGGUAUAGCGGCUUGUUUACAAGAACAGCGUUUGUCGUUGGCUUUUUACAGCAGCUGCAAAGUAUCGUGACUCAUGCCUAGCGCUUGAGUGAAUAGAGAGCACUUUAAUCCACUGUGCUUGCGUCCAGAUACUCUCUCUCGGGUUAUGGUUCCAGCAUAUAUUGGUAGGUUCAAACAGCGAUACGGGCAACGAGUUGCUGAUAUGCGCUAGAAGUAUCA